AGAAGAGAAGGGGGCUGAACGCUCACAGUCAAGGGAAGGAGGUGGAGACCAAAGAAGGAUUCAUAAAACAGGAGUUGAUCUCCCAGUUUUUAAAACGCCGCUCUCAGUUGUAGCCUUCAAGUAGCGUAGAACUAGAUCACUAACUACCGAGACGACUUAUCACGCAGAGGGGCGAUUCACUGUAACACUGCAUCUGAGCUUUCAUCGGAGAAAAGUUGAAUGGACCUGAAUGCACGGGCAUUUCACUGUUUUGGUUAACUUUUCAGGACGUAUUUUCUCCUGUGGGCAUUUUAACUCCCAUAAACUUUCUCCUACACGUCCGUACUGACACGACCACUUUACUGAAUCUCUAAUCUCCGUGUUGGCGUGGACUGGGAUUUUAAAGGAAACACAUAAAGACGAAUUCUCAAAUGCAAAACUAUAUGUAUGAGAAGGCGAUGGCACCCGAAACAAGAAACGGAGGAACAUCCACGUUAAAUAACAACGGCGUAGACAACCGCAAGAGGAAACUUUUAAUUGCGCUCGAUCUCUUCUGCCUGGUCCUGGCUGGUCUGCCUUUCCUGAUAAUUGAAACUAGCACAAUCAAGCCGUACCAUCGCGGGUUUUACUGCAGUGACCAGUCCAUCCAGUACCCGUAUAAAAACGGGGACACCAUAAGCGAUGCCGUGCUCUGUGCCGCUGGCAUUCUAAUUGCCAUCCUCUCUAUCGUGAUUGGUGAAUGCUACAGGAUCCAUUACCUUAACCAGGGCUCCAAAUCGUUUGUGGGGAACCCUUAUGUCUCCGCCCUCUACAGACAAGUUGGCGUAUUCAUCUUCGGCUGCGCUGUCAGCCAAUCGUUCACAGAUAUUGCCAAGGUCUCGGUUGGGCGGAUGAGGCCACACUUCCUAGAUGUGUGUAAGCCGGACUACUCUUCCUUCAACUGCUCUCUGGGAUAUAUCACUGAUUACAUAUGCACUGGAGAUCCCAGCAAAGUACAAGAGGCCAGGAAAUCCUUCUUUUCUGGACAUGCUUCAUUUUCAAUGUACACCAUGCUUUACCUUGCAUUCUACCUGCAAUCUCGGUUUACGUGGCGAGGCGCUCGACUUCUGAGGCCCCUCCUCCAGUUCACUUUGCUAAUGAUGGCCUUCUACACUGGCCUAUCACGCGUCUCCGAUCACAAACACCACCCCACUGAUGUCUUGGCUGGCUUUGCUCAGGGAGCCCUGGUGGCCUACUGCAUAGUCUUCUAUGUAUCGGACCUCUUCAAACCCAAAGCCAAGGCUGCCACUCCACCACCCUCACAGAUCAAGAAAGAGCUCCUCCCAUCUUCUGACAUCAUAGAGAGGAAUAACCAUCACAACAUGGUGUAGGGGGUGAAUGGGAGGAUCCAUUUGUAAUCUCCCCCUCCCUCACCUCCUCCCCAUCCCCUGAAGAACCAGAACAGCCACCUGUGACAGAGGAGCUAACAGCCUCGCUGAAGCCUUCUCUCUCUCAUCUGACAGUAGAAUGUUGGGACAGAGACAGUCCUAUUGCCUCUUUAUUAUGACCUCACAAUAAGCCUAAUUCACAUAAAACUAAGCAAAGAAAAAAGAGGAGUGAAAGAUUUCUCCCUCAAAACAUCAUGAAUCAGAAAGGGUCAUAAUUUGUUGCAGAGAAAGAGUUCUGAUGGAGCUCUCUGAGCUUGAACGAACCACCCCAUUAACAACAUGGGGGACAAAAGUAUUAGACAGAAAAUUGUGAAUUUUUAUAUGAAUGCAGAAACGAAUGACAACGAAAGGAAGGAGAGAGAGUGAAUGUGAGCCUGAUCACAUGUGAUCAUGCACCUCUCACUUUCUGCCUCUCUCUUUCUCUUGUCUCUGGGGCCUUUCAACAGUAUAGGACAACAAAUUCCUUAUUAAUAGGAAUGAUUAUUUUUACCUGCAAUGUAAUUAGCACAGAUAUAUUAACAAUAUAAAGAAUAACUUAUAGCACUAUAUCCAAGUUCAUUGUUAAACGUCACCACUCGCUAUCUGAGAAGUGUAGCUAUGAGAAGCUUGAUAAAGGUUCGUACAUGAAAUGGUAGUUUGAAUGCCAGUAAACUUCUACACUAUGGUGUAAUGUCCCGUUAAAAUACAGUAGGGGACAAGAACAACACCGUAUAUACCCAACAUCAAAGCUGAUCUUAGCUACCCACAGUGGCUCAACUCCAUGGGAGAAUGCAUUUUAACGAGUUUUAAGGGGUGUGUGGGUGGGUGGUUUAGGGGACAUUUAUUUUUUUAAGAUAAAGUCAGAAUUGAAAUUGGUUUUUAUUUCAGAGGAUGAUUUCAUAAUGGUCAUCACCGAUCUGCCCUGAACUCUGGAGGCAUGGCUGAGCCAUGCUGCAUCAUUGUCUUCUGAUUGGUCAGUGCUAAAGGGGGUGGGGUUAGAUGUUGGGGAAGAUGGUCGUCGAGGUGUCCCUCGUUACCACGGUCGCUGGGGUUGACUCCCAUUGACUGCACUGGCACAUUUUUUUGUUGGAGUUGGGAAUGAGCUUCUUCCGCUGGCUGGUAUGAACUUAUUCCCUUCCAACUGCAUGAUCACUCAACACUAGUUGUGUGUAUUAACCCAUAAUGCCACCUGUGCUCUGUGCCUUGCCUGGCAUGAGUCAACCUGAACCCCAAUGUUUUUAUUUAGUUGGGUAAAGGGAUGUGGGGUUGCUCCACAGAAACUCUAUCCCAUGUUUGCGUGUGUGUAUGUCCGUGUCGGUCUGUUUGAGUUUGUGAGUGUGCCUGUGUCGCUUUUUAUGCACCCGAUUCUGGUGCAGUGGGCUGUUAGCAUGUGAAGAAAUAUUGAACUUAAGAAAACUGUGGAUUUUUUCUAAAUGCCUUUUCUUAGCCUUUAUGUUCCUCUUUUGAUAAUGUCUACUGUCCUCACUAACAGCUGUGCAGUACUGCCUGACUAUUACAGAGAACACAUCCAUACAACACAACACAAAUCAAGCUCCAAACGUGUUGCACAUCCCUCCCAUUGUAUAGUCCGUCCUACCAUUUCAACAACUCUCUCUCUCUCUCUCUCUCUCUCUCUCUCUCUCUCUCUCUUUC